AUGAUGCGUCGGAAUGUGACAGCGCUAUGGUAUAUUUCAGUGUCGACUGGGAAAUACAAUGGUAUUGGGUGGCGUCGAUUUCGUACGUCACCAAGUCGAAAACCAUCCCACCAUAUCGCCGCUUUGCGUCGAUGGCUUACGGUCCUGGGCAGUAGAUUUGAUACUAGCAUCCUAUGUAAGGCGCAUGUCUUGCCUAGAUGUGAACUUGAUCGUCAAUUAGACUGGGUCCAGAUCCGUGAAAACGAGAAUCGUCCCCGUGCAUCAACAUCAGCAAAGAAUCACCGCCUGUUCAAUGUGUAA